AACGCCCUCUCACCCGAAUCGAAAUUUCAAAUUUCAAAUCCGAAACAAGGGCACGUGACGAAUAUUUCAUUUUUCAUUCCAUCCCCUAAAUUUCGAUUUUCAAGCGAAAUUUUUCAUUUUCAGAAUAAAUGCCGCCCAAACCCCCAUUUGAAAAUCCUCCCUUUUCGCCAAAUCUCCAGGCGCUCUCUUCACCCUCUCUUUAUCAGAAGCUUAGCCGCUUCACUUCUUGUUCUCAAUCAUCGUCUACCUCUCGCCGCCCGAGUUCUUCAAGGUAAUAAUCAUCACACUACUCAUUCGAAGUGUUAAGUAAAGUAAAGCUCGGAUUCAGGUCGCCGGAUAAAUCCUUUUACCGUCUUGAAAUGAUUGAUACAAUGCCGGAAGCCAGAGAUCGAUUGUCAAGGCCGGCGGACGUUGCAGAGGUGUACAUUAGACGGCAGAUAGGCACAUCCGGAGGCGGAAUCGUUCAGUCACCAAAUAACGACGCAGAGGAGGCUACGUUCAGGUGGGGGGAGACCGGCUUAACUGGAACUCAGAGAACAGAAACUGCGGCGGAACCUAGCGGCGGAGUUCUUACUCCCGUCAGGAGGAGUCCAUUCAGAACACCAAGAGCAAGGCGCGACCGUGGAUCUUCUGCGAGAGGGGCUAUAAUCGGUCGACAAAACCUUUCGCCAAUAGCUGGCCGGAGACAAGGCCGAGCUCGCCAUCGCGUCUUGCCUUCGUGGUACCCCCGUAGGCCGCUUCAGGAUAUUACUGCCAUUACCAGGGCAUAUCAAAGGAGAAGAGAGCGCCUGAGAGAAGGUGAAGAUGAACAACCAGAGACUCCAAUGCUUCAAGAUCAGGCUGCUCAUGAUCCUUUUGGAGCUACACCGAGUGCUCUUCUCGAGCACACAAAUCCCACAACCACUCCCUUCCCAGCUUUGAGAACCGGAUUGUGUCCACCUUCUACUUCAUCUGUAGAAGACAAUAAAGUCCUCAAUAUAGUUCAAGAUUGGGAGUUCCUCACACCUCAAAAGAAGCUUCUAAAUUCCAUAGACACAGUGGAGAAGGUCUUCAAGGAGGAACUUCAAAAGCUGAAGAGGACUCCCAGUGCUAAGAGGGCGGAAAGGGAGAAGAAGGUAAGGACAUUGAUGUCAAUGCGUUGAUAUAGAAGAUCCAGUCGUACAUUUUUUGCUAUUAUCUCAAUCAAGGUUGAGAGGGGCAAUGGGUUCUGGAGGGAAAAGGAGCAUGAAGAACAGCUGAACUUGGGUAAUUGGGGUUUGAUCAUCUUCUUUAUGAUCAAAUCUAUCUCGGUUUGAACUACUACUUAUGUUUUCUAUUCUAUGAUCAACCACUCGGUUGAAUUGCUUAUAUGUUUCUAUUCCUUUCGACCUCUGUGAUAUACCCUAGCUCUCUGAUUAGUAGCUUUGAUCAGAUUGUGAUACGCCAUGUUGUUAUAGGGCUGUUUUCCAAUUCCCAGCCAGUAUCACAAGUUGUAGUAGGAUUUAGAGCAAUCGGUUUAUCAAAACCUCAGAUCUCAAUGUCAUUCAUUAUAGGAGGAAAGGAUUCUAUAGUGGAGUCAAUGAAAUGCAUAGUAUAUUUUGGAAAAGAAUGUAGUUUUUAUUGUUUGUGUUCUCCCUCAAGAUAAGGUUGUUCAUAUUGAACUAUUGCAAAUUGGGUGAGCUUCUCCUUACCCUUUGUACAGUAAUAAAGUUCAUAGUGGGUGUGGUUUGGUGUGCAACGGCUCUUUUCUUUCCACUUUUUAUUACACCACUUUUCUAUUUUCGGUGUGUUUAUCACCCAUUAUUUUGUACUUUUGGUAUCUAAUUAUGGGCUUUUGCCCCUUGUGACCG